AUGGCCGAACCCUCCGAGCUACCUGUAGACCCUGAACCGCCGGCCAACACUCUCGUGCGGAAUACUUGGUCGCCACCUCCAGCGGAAGUUCUAGAGCUCCAGGAGAUCCAAACACGCGAGGAUUAUGAGCAAUUAAACUACUCCUCGGCAUCCGCCUCCUCGGGCGAGGAAUACCGGGUAGCCACCCGCACACCGUCGCGAUCAAGUGUGCGUCGCCCUCGCCCCAAGCGCAAAGGUGCCUGGAAGAAAGUUUGCAGUUUCUGGGCACAUAAUGUCAGUAUGACUGUGCCUCAGAAGAGUAAUCGCGACCACUUGGCUCUCGAAAGAACAUUCCUCGCAUACAUCCGCACCUCCGUGGUCAUUGCUAUGCAAGGGGUUCUAAUCUCACAGCUCUUUCGCCUCCAGCGACCCACCACGCCUCAAAAUCGCCUGAGAUUCUACGAAGUCGGUAUCCCACUCGCAGUGGCCUGCCACUGUGUGGCCAUCAUAGUGGCCCUGAUCGGCGCGUAUCGAUUCUGGAGACAGCAAAGUGCCAUGUCUCUGGGGAAAGUCCACGCUGGAGGUUGGGAGCUCAACUGGGUGGGAAUUUUACUCGGCCUGCUGAUUUUUGGAACCCUCAUCCUAUCUGUUGUGAUUCUCAUCGAGAUUGAUCUACACCCGUCGACGCUGAUCCAACGACUCUUUUGA